AUGGACAGUUUGCCGAAUCUAUCGAGAGAAGGACAUCUGUUUCUUGAAAAGGCCAUCGAGCGACUCACGGCCUUUCAACAACCCAAACUAGACCGCGACGAUUUGCGGAACGACAGAAAUAUACUCAUCACUGUGAUGAAUCAUAUUCGAAAACUUGGGAAGAACGCUACGAACGCGCGAUGGUAUUGGCAGCACAAAAGAGGGAAGUGGAUUCCGUGUUACAUCUUGAUCGAGCCCCGAGCGGACAGUGUUGAAGAGGACCAAAAGGAGAAGGAUCGACUGCAACAGAAACCGAAGGAUGAUGAGGAGUUGAAUGAGAGCAAGAGCAAGACCAUGGAACAUAUGGAGGUUAUUACAACAGUAGACGCAAAAGGAUGCGCGAAUGUUGUUGCGAAGGUAGAUGCCAAAGAAAGCAUUAAGGUGGAGGUAAACGCUGCGACGACCAGGCCGGAGGAUGUUAGCCACGCUACGAACGAAGAAAGUGAAACGGUUACUGGCUCGGUCCAGAAGACGACCAUUGAGAUUCGCAUCAAGCGUGGACCAAUAUCAUAG